AAUUGACCAAAUAAUAACUUGUAUUGUAUGAAUAGAGAUUUUCAACAAGUGUGUUGUGCGCGUGUUUCCACAUUACAUUCUUCCUUUUUCGCCUUGUGCUUUGAUUUGUUGGACCAAAUUUUUUUUCAAAAACAUUUCCCGAACAAAAUGGUUGAAACACCAUGUACAAUUCGAACUCGAAAGUUCAUGACCAAUCGAUUAUUAUAUCGAAAACAAAUGAUUGUUGAUGUUAUCCAUCCAGGUCGUGCCACCGUAUCGAAACAAGAAAUUCGAGAUAAAUUGGCAAAAAUCUAUAAAACAACAUCGGAUGUUAUUUUUUCAUUCGGUAAUCGUACCGAUUUUGGUGGUGGACGUACCACAGGUUUUGCCUUAAUAUACGAUACAUUGGAUUAUGCUAAAAAAUUCGAACCAAAACAUCGACUACAACGAAAUGGACUUUAUUCACGUGAAAAAACUGCACGAAAACAACGUAAAGAACGAAAGAAUCGUAUGAAGAAAGUUCGUGGUACUAAAAAAACUAAAGUUGGUUCUGGUGCUAAAAAAUAGACCAAAAAAAAAAAAAAAAAAAAUGCAAAUUCCAUCCAUUCAUUCAAUAUUUAAAUCUGAACAAAUCUUU